AUGGCGACGUCGUCUAGGGACGGUGAUUCCUCCGAUGUUUGCCAGGUGAGAGUGGGUAGCACGAGCACCGCGGCACGACAAGGUGGCGGGACCGUGUGUGAACCGAAGAACACGAUCGACGAGGAGUGGGUCGAUCCAGCGCUGCGGAUUCUUGUACGUAUGCCAAAUGAUGCCAUCCUAUCUCAUCUGAGUUGUCUCCUCGAAUUGACCCAAUGCUAUAGGCAGACUGUCGACGAGAAAAUUUGUAGCAAGCCGCCAGAGGGCAACGAGCAGCUUUUGCGUCCGUACGGCACGCGCUUCAUGCGGAUGUACGAGAUCGGCCCCGUUCUACUUCCUUGGAUGCGCCAGGGUAUUCGUCCCGGCAUACCCCUUCUUUCGGCGGGCUGCUUUGUCCAGCAGGUAGCGCAGAAGGCGAGAUGGGACCGAGGAGAGUCGCGCUGGCAGUUUCUCGUAGAAGCCUGCAACUGGGUUUGUUGUUUUUCGCCUAAAGAGCGGCGUCGUUUCAGAGCAGCAUGCGAAAGCGCGCUGCAGAGGUGCCCGAGGAGGAACGUGGGUCCGUGGAUGAAAGAAUGGGAAGAGGAGACGCGCGCCUUGUUGGACGAAAUACUGGAGCCUGAGUUGGACCUCCACCUCGUCCACGAGGAGAUGCACGAGUUAUUUCUGUUGAUUGCGAAAGCUGGUUUUUCUGCGACAUCCAGAACGCGGCUCUCAGACAGGCCGGCGGCUAUGCGCUUCGCAGAGCAUGGCUUCGCAGAGUGCGUGGCAGUCGAGUUGGACUUUCCGCCUUUUUUUUUUUCCGCCACGCAAAGUCCAGGUUGA